AACCAUAACCGUUCGAUUUGAGCCACGUUUCAGCGGAACAAAACGUUUAUCGAUCGCCAAUCCCAUUUUCAUUAGAAACCACCGAAACCGAAACCAGCCGGAUAGAAUAUCCUACACAACAUCCCACCAGACCACACCAAAAACAACGUCGCCCCGUAACACAAAAAAGACCGUAGUAAGCCGAUUUGCCUCUGCCGAGCAAAGUGUGCGACGAGUACACACGUCACUAAAUCAAUCGAUUUACCGUCAUCAUCGCCUACUAUUGCUGCAUCGCAAACUCAGUGCCAUCGAACCGAACCGGCGAAACAAAACAAAAAAAUAACCUGGCUACUGCGAUCUAAACUGCUGAGUGGCCAGGAACAGACUACGAUGACGCCGGCUACGACGGCGGCAGUGGCGAUUACACAAAAACCAUAGCCUGCUACCAUCAACGUCAUCUUCAUCAAACGAUUGUCAUCGUCGGUCGUCAUCCCAACAACGGUUUUUCAUCGGAUCAUCGAACAACAUAGGAAAAAAAAUAACCUGACUCGACGAAGCCGGCAAUGUUUGACUGCCACGACGUGGAAAAAGUCAACUGAGCGCACACAACGAUGCCAUAAUCCAAUCGGGUAGCUCUGCCAAACGACACUCCCAUCGCUAGGGGAGUAAUGUCGAGGGAACAGGAAAAGAUUUUCCGAGUUGAGCAGGAGACUACUUGAACCAGAAAUUGAAUAAAUAUCAAGCGUACUUGAGUACAAUCGAGUGAAGCUGUUACUCGGUACAGGCACAUUUAUUGCAUUUUCCUCUAAAUUGAAUUUUACUUCAGGAGACCGUAACUUGGAUUGUAUCGUGUUGAGUAGGACCCGAUCGCCCCCUCUCCAUCAGACGAGGAAUGGGGGCGUGAAGCCGGGCCCCCAAUCCGGUAGCACCACCCUCUUUAUGUAUGGAUCCAACGGUUUUCCCACUGCUGUCGACCUUAUUGCAACAAUCUUCCGCGCAAACGCUUCCCAUCGGCGACGGGCCAACCUCGACCGUAGCAUCCGGCGUGGCCGGAGUCGCCAUCUUAAAUGCUACGGCAACGAUCAAUUUCCUAGAGUACCUCCUAACCGGUAACAGCAGUUCCGCCUCCGUUUCCGCCACCGCCAUCGCUACGUCACUGCCUGCCCUUGUCGAUCGUCUCGCUCCGACGUCGUCAACAAGCUCUCUACUCGACGAACUCGGUGGCACCUCGGAGACCUCUCCGGCGGACCCCGUCAAUGUGCUGACGCUACAGACAAUCGUUAUUAGCAUAGUUCUUCUAGCUGUAAUCAUCGGGACCAUCGUCGGCAAUGUGCUGGUCUGCGUAGCCGUAUGCCUGGUACGGAAACUCCGGCGGCCUUGCAACUACCUGCUGGUCUCCUUGGCCAUAUCCGAUCUCUGCGUAGCGGUCCUGGUGAUGCCGCCGGCCCUACUGUACGAGGUGCUCGAAGAAUGGAAGUUCGGAACCGUCUUCUGCGACAUCUGGGUGUCGUUCGAUGUCCUGUCCUGCACGGCAUCGAUCCUGAACCUCUGUGCCAUCUCAGUUGACCGGUACUGGGCCAUCACCAAACCGCUCGAGUACGGCGUCAAGCGAACGCCUCGGCGAAUGAUCGCCUGCAUUGUGCUAGUCUGGCUCGUGGCAGCCUGCAUUUCGCUCCCACCGCUCUUAAUCUUAGGCAACGAACACAUGACCAAUGGCCAACCGUCCUGCUCGGUUUGCCAGAACUUCUUCUACCAAAUCUACGCCACCCUGUGCGCGUUCUACAUCCCGCUGGCGGUGAUGCUCUUCGUGUACUUCCAGAUAUUCCGCGCCGCUCGGCGGAUCGUCAAUGAAGAGAAACGCGCCCAAAGACACCUGGAAACGGCCAUCAAUGGUUCCGCCACCACUCCGGAGAAGAAACUCUCCGCCGGCGGUACCGUUCUGGUUGCGACACCACAGCACAAACGUCUACGCUUCCAGCUAGCUAAGGAACGCAAGGCUUCCACCACGCUCGGCAUCAUCAUGUCGGCCUUCACCAUCUGCUGGCUGCCGUUCUUCAUCCUCGCACUGGUACGGCCCUUCCUGGGCGAAGACCACCAUUUGCUGUCGUCGCUGUUCCUGUGGCUGGGCUACGCCAACUCGCUGCUGAAUCCCAUCAUCUACGCCACCCUGAAUCGGGACUUCCGGAAACCGUUCCAGGAGAUCCUGUUCUUCCGGUGCUCGAGCUUGAACAACAUGAUGCGCGAGGACUUCUACCACAGUCAGUACGGCGAUCCGGGCUCGCAACGGCUGGUCAUGGCGGCGAACGAUGGCGGCGGUGCCCGGGAGAGCUUCCUAUGAGCCGAGUAUUAGUUUGUGAGAUAGCGAUAUACUCUAGAUAUGUAUGUGUACAAGUUUGUAAACGGUCGGGGCGCGAUCGACGGUAUCCGUUGGGCGGCCGACGUCAAGGACGAUUUUUUUUUAUUUGUAAUGUUAGCUUCGGAUAGAUAAAAUAGCAGUAGAUGUAAGCUUCAGGCUACGUAGUUCGUAGAACUCAUUCGACGUUCGUGAUGCGCGCACUAUUGAAGAAUUGACCAGACAAACAGUUGAUUAAGUAAUGAAAUAGUGGUACAUCAAGCAAAAGAAGAACUGAUACGAUCAAAAGCGAACAUAAUAUUGGCAAACAUGUUAUAACAACACUAUGAUUCACUACCGCUUUACUCAAAUUUUCAUGAAUUUUGCACAGCUUACAGCACCACCUAGCGUCAAAAGGGGUAAUCAAACCUAAAUUCCACAGCGUUUAAUUACGCUGAUUCCGUGGAGAGCUUCUCCAAAUCUUUAAUGUGUCAUGAAGUUGUACCACCAAUGAUCUUAUACAUAUAAAUAUAUACAAAUUUUGUUCCUGUUCC